UUGCGCGGGGCAGCUCUUGGCGGCAGCGGCUCCCGGCGCGAUGCCGGCGGAGCGCCUUCGCAUGGAGACCGUGGAGGCCCUGCGCAACACCCGCAAAGGGCGGCUGCGCUACUGCCGCGGCCGGAGCCCGCUCGGGGAGGGCAUUCUGGAAGAGGAUAAAACGCCUCCGAAGUUGUCUCCCUACACAAGCUGGGUGCUUGAAAAAAUCACCUCCCCUUCUCCAAAGUCAGAUUCUUCUCUCUUGGCAAACUCCACUCCUGAAGGGGCAACGCUUUCCCACGGUUUAUCCUUGAAGAUCGGUGCCUCUCCUGCCAAUCAGCUGACCUCCACUCCCUCAGCCCCAGCUGAUGUCCAGGCCAAGGAGACAUGGAGAACCACGGCGAGCAGCCAGGAACCCUUCCUUCCGGCCCCCCUAUCAAAAAGCACAGGAGUGGAAGGCCUCAUACGCUUGCACGAGGAAAUCCAGAAGUUGAAAGGGAAGGAACAUCUGAAGCAACGCUUGGAGCAGCAGGAGCAGGUGGUGAAGGCCGCCUCCGAGGAGGCGAGCGAGCUGCUGAAGCGUUUCGAUGAGCUGAAGGAGCUGAAGCAGCAUCAGGAGUACCAGCAUCUUCAGCAAGAGAUGGAGAAGAGCUCCAGAGAAGCUCAGGGGCAGCAGGAGAAGCUGAAGGAGGAACACCGGCGCAGAGCUAAACUCCUAAGCCGGAAGCUGCGUGAGGCUGAGCAGGAGCGGCAGCGGCAGGAAGAGCUGGAACGCCAACGGCGGGAGGAGAGCCAGGAGCGGCUGCACCGCCUCUACGCCAUCCAGGAGGAGGUUUUGCAGAUCAACCAGCAGAUUGGCCUCAGUUCUAGGCAUAAAGCGUUGCCCACCAUUGACCUCUCGCUGUACAGCAACCGUGGCAAUCAGAUCUGUGGGGAAGUGUCCGCCUUAGCCCGCAUGGCCAGUGAGGCUUUCCCCACCGAGGGAGAUGUGGCUUCCGCCGAUCGCGAACUGCUAGAAAUGCACCAGCUGCUUUCAGACAUGCAGCGGGUAAUUGCUCUUGCCGUGGAAGAAAAGAAGCAGCACGAGGAGGAGGCGGCCUUGGCUGCAAUUGCCGCAGCCAAGGCCAAAGAAACGGAGGAACUGCAGAAACGGGAGCUGGCAAAAUCCCAGGUUUCAGACCAUGGAAAGCUCGUUGGAGGGCUCCAGGUAAAGGCAGACAGGUCGACCAUGCAGUGGUACCAGGAGCUGCAGAAAGAAUCUGAACAGUGUGUUGCUUCCUUCAGUCGCUUGGCCAACAGCAAAAACGCUCAGGAGAAAAAAAUCAAAAUGGAAUUACAGAAAGCUGCCACCAUCCCUGUUAGCCAGAUUUCUACUAUAGCAGGUUCCCAACUGAGAGAGAUAUUUGAAAAGAUUAAUAGCCUCCUUUCAGGAAAAUUUGUGCACUGCGGAGGCCACAAAGUAUCUGUCACUCAGCAUCGUGAAGGCCUGGAGUUCGUUUAUUUCAAGCUGGCAGAAAAGUUUGUGAAACAAGGCGAGGAAGAAGUGGCCUCUCACCACGAAGCCGCAUUCCCCAUUGCUGUGGUGGCGUCUGGCAUCUGGGAGCUGCACCCCAGGGUGGGCACCCUCAUCUUGGCUCAGUUGCACAAAAAGUGUCCUUACGCGGUUCCCUUCUACCCUGCGCUGAAGGAAGGAACUUCCCUGGAAGCGUAUCAGAGGACACUUGGCUACCAAGUGAAAGAUGAAAAAGUAGAGCCACAGGAUAACUUUCUGAAACGGAUGUCGGGAAUGAUCCGGCUCUACGCUGCCAUCAUCCAGCUUCAGUGGCCUUACCGAGAUAAGCAAGGGGCUCACCCGCACGGAUUAAACCACGCCUGGCGCUGGCUGGCGCAGAUGUUGAACAUGGAGCCUCUGGCAGAUGUGACAGCAACAGUUCUGUUUGACUUCCUGGAGGUCUGUGGGAACGCUCUCAUGAAGCAGUAUCAGGUGCAGUUUUGGAAGGUGCUUCUCCUUAUCCGGGAAGAGUAUUUUCCCAGGAUUGAAGUCAUUACGAGCGUUGGGGAAAUGGGUUCGCUCACAAGAUUCAAGCAGUUUUUGGAGGAAUGCUUACAACAGAAAGACGUUCCUCUGCCAAAAGGAUUUUUACCACCAUCCUUUUGGAGAUCAUGAUCAGAUUCCUUGCACUUUUAUGGAAGGUGGAAGAACAGCCGGCUUCUUUCUGGUUUUUGUCGUCAUAGAAAAGUCUGCAGGCAGAUUAACCUCUUUUUCUUUUUUCUUUUUUACCUUUUGCACUCUACAGAAUCCUGAAACAAUUGGUCAGCUUUGUAGGAUUGUCAAAAACAUCUUUUAUCAAAUGUUUUAAGCCAUUAUUUGCACUCACAUCUUUGAGCCUGAGGGGAGGUUAUGCACACUGGUUUGUCAUUCUGUUUUCCUGCUGUGUCACACCCAUCCUCCUAAGACGCAGAAACAAAUUGGCUUCAAUGCCCUUGAGGGACUCCCGUGUUUAUUAACUUCAGAAGUUUAACACACACCCCAAAAGCCACAUCUCUGUCUCAAACACUGACAUUGAACUGGAAGAGAGACUAAUUUUUAAUUAAAAGUGUUGCAGUGCUUUGCAGCAAGGACAACAGCUGGUUGUCUUUAAUUUUAAAAAGCAGACAGAGUGGAAGCAUUUGAGCUCAUCCAGGCAAUGCUUAAGGAACAUGAAUUGAUUUGUGGCCUCCUUUUUUUUUUAAAAAGGGUUUUAAAGAGCUUUGCAGUUUGUUGAACAAAAAAGAAGUUCUUUUUUUCUCAAAACAGAACAGUCGAAUGGGAAAGGAGGAGAUCCCCACUGGCUGUUUGCUUUAAUUUUCAUAAAAUCAAGAGAGACUGCUUAAAAUCAGUCUGGAACCAGUGGUUUUCUAGAUCUCGGAUCCAAGCCCCAUUCAAUCCAAGCCGAUCAUGAUGACAUAUUUGAACUAUAGGACCAUGGUACGUCCACUUUUGCUAUAAACGAUCUGUCUAAAAUGAGGGGGAUUUAUAUUUUUAUGUGUUGGUGCUAAGCAGUAAAGGAAUUCUGAUAACCUGUAGACUGUUCCCAUGGCAUGGUCUGGAUCGCUGGGGGAGAUUUGUAAGAGGACAGCAAUUGUGCCGGCUUGACCAAGCACGAAAUGUUGGACCGUUGUGCCAAUUUGCUACCACGAUGAUUCUGUGAAUACAGCUUUGGAAGAAGCUGCUUCAAAUGUCAUUAAAGCUUGAAGGAGCUUUAUUUUAAAGAGUUUGUUGAGUGACUUGUUUUUAAUAUUCGUGUAUGCCUGUUUUCAAAGUAGACUCAGAAUUUCUAAGCCCAUU